UUUUAGCAAUUAAUUGUGUAGCGUUCCCUGGAUGCUCUCAGCCAAUAGUCAUAAAAUAACCGUUUCAAAAGCUAAUUGAGUGCAGAGGAAGAUCAGAGAGGAUACGUACAUAGAGAGAGAGAGAGAGACGUGUGUGUAGCCGAUACAAGUCCUCCAAAAGGCUCGAAUCGUGUGUGUGUGUGUGUGGGGAAGAAAGAGGAGGAGAGGGAAGGUUGGUUGGAUGGUAGGAGUUGGUGGUGGUGGGAAGAAGAAGAAGAAGGAGGGAGAGGACGAGGAGGGAAUGCGACUGGGAGGAAAGUAUGAGAUCGGGAGGACAUUGGGAGAAGGCAAUUUUGGGAAAGUAAAGUACGCUAAGAACCUUGAUUCUGGCCACUCAUUCGCCCUCAAGAUCCUCGACAAGGCCAGAAUCCUUCACCUCAAUAUCACCGAUCAGAUAAAGAGGGAGAUUGGGACAUUGAAGCUUCUCAAACAUCCAAACGUUGUCAGAUUACACGAGGUCCUGGCAAGCAAAUCCAAGAUUUACAUGGUCCUAGAAUACGUGACGGGUGGUGAAUUGUUUGAUAGAAUUGCAUCGAAAGGGAAACUGUCAGAGUCACGAGGAAGGAAGCUCUUCCAACAGCUAAUUGACGGAGUUAGCUACUGUCACAACAAAGGUGUUUACCACCGCGAUCUCAAGCUAGAGAACGUACUUGUUGAUGCAAAAGGAAACAUAAAGAUAACCGACUUUGGCCUCAGUGCAUUACCCCAACAUUUUAGGGAUGACGGGUUACUGCAUACAACCUGUGGAAGCCCCAAUUAUGUUGCCCCAGAGAUCCUUGCUAACAGGGGUUAUGAUGGUGCCACCUCUGAUACCUGGUCCUCUGGUGUCAUCUUGUAUGUCAUUCUCACUGGCUAUCUCCCUUUUGACGAUCGAAAUCUCGCUGUUCUCUACCAGAAGAUUUUCAAGGGAGAAGUUCAAAUACCCAAAUGGCUGUCCCUGGGAGCACGAAACCUAAUAAGGAGGAUUCUUGAUCCCAACCCUGCUACUCGGAUAACAAUGGCAGAGAUUAAAGCAGACGAAUGGUUCAAACAAGAUUCUCAUGAUGGAAGACCUGAUGAUGAUGAAGAAAAUGUACACAUAGAGGAUGAAGCCUUGAGAAUGCAUGCAGACACAGACAUGCCAUCUGAAGCAAAGAAAAAUCCAGAUUCACCUACCCUUAUCAACGCUUUUCAGCUGAUUGGAAUGUCCUCAUGCCUUGAUCUCUCUGGCUUCUUUGAGAAAGAGGAUGUUUCGGAAAGGAAGAUCAGGUUUACAUCCAACCGUUCCCCAAAAGAAUUGCUCGAGAGGAUUGAGGAUACCGUAACUCAGAUGGGAUUUGGGGUCCAGAAAAAAAAUGGACAGCUUAAGGUGAUUCAAGAGCACAAAGGUCAGAGGAGCCCGUGUAGCCUUUCAGUCGCAGCAGAAGUGUUCGAGAUAAGCCCAUCCCUGUAUGUAGUUGAAUUAAGAAAAUCAUACGGAGAUUCUACAGUUUAUAGACAGUUGUGUAAAAAGUUAUCAAAUGAUCUGGGUGUGUCAUCAAGUCAAGAAGAGCUGAUGACGAUGGAAGUUUGAGCAUCAGGAAAUGCCCGAGUUAGCAAAACACCAAUACAGAGAUGAGCCUCACUUGUAAAUGUUGUUAAUUAAAAACCAUAAUAAGAAAAUGUAAAAUCUUCUUUCAAUUCUUCGUUACAACAUCUUAGAAGUAGAUAUAUUAGUACAUGGAAAUGUCAUGCAGACAUAUUUCGUUUUCCUCAGUGUACGAGUUGCACAAUCAAGCUACAAAAUUACUUGGUUGCCUAACCAAGCCAUGUGGCAAAUUGAAAUGUAAUAUUUUUGCUGCAUCUCAGACAAAUACAAGUGUUGGGAUAUUCAAAAUAGACAAUUUAUUUGUUGGUUCGAGUUGUAAAAGAA